UCGCUGUUAAGAGGUGUAAAAAAAUUAUCACUCCCUCCAAACCCAAACUAUAUUGGUUGCCAACGCACCCAACACGACUCUCACUCGAACAUCCGAAAAACUUCCGAACGGACUUCGAUAUGGCUUCGGAUUCCGAGACACAAUAUGGCUUCACUCCAGUAGCCUCCUCCGCCACAGCCCUCUUGUCUGCGGCAAAGCCAUCCACUCCACCGCCCUAUAUUUCUGUAACGGACACACCCGUCCCCCAAACUGCAUUGGCGCAACGCAUCGAGGAGUACGCCCGGUUACACCUGCCAGAGCCUACGUAUAACCACUCUCUGCGCGUGUAUCACUAUGGCCUUGCUAUCAAGAGGCAUGUGUUCCCUUCUUGGACCUUUACUGAUGAGACUUACUACCUCUGCUGCUUGUUGCAUGACAUUGGGAGCACGGAGGAAAAUCUGAACAAGACCAAGUUGAGCUUUGAGUUUUACGGGGGCUUCCUUGCUUUGGAUAUCCUACAGGAUCGUGCUGAGUCGUCCACCAAUGCGGUAGCUCCCCGAGACCAAGCGGAGAGCGUCGCCGAGGCGAUCAUCCGGCAUCAGGACCUGUGUCAGGAAGGCAAGAUCACCGCAGUGGGCCAAUUGCUGCAAUUAGCCACGAUCUUUGACAACACGGGCUCUUAUGCUGACAUCGUCCAUUCAUCGACGAUUGAAGACGUGUCGCAGCGCUACCCACGUAAGCAAUGGAGCAACUGCUUUGCUUCUACUAUUCGCCGAGAGAAUGGGCUUAAGCCGUGGGCGCAUACCACGACUCUAGGGGAGGAGGACUUUCCAUCCAAGGUUCUCGGCAAUAAACUGAUGGCACCCUACGAACAGUCCAGCAGUCUGUAAGGAUGUCAAGUUCACGAAGUAGGGUGGGACGAUUUCUACAUGUAUUUCAUUUCUAUCUACAACGCUACGGUUGACCUAAUCAACUAGUGCCUCUUUUAUAUUCCUAAGUUUCUAC